GACUUCCCCUUACCGGCGCCGAAUCCCUUCUCCGAGUCCUUUCCGCGUGACAAGUUUGUGGGCCUCUUCCCAGGCUUCCUCUAUAUGCAUAGGAAUCCGGAGACGAUCUUCCCGAGUCACGUGAAGCUCAUCUUGCUGUCACAAUCCGAUUUCGCACUGCCGGGAUUGCCGGGGCGACCAUCGCAGGGCGCGCCGAAGAAGUACGAUUUCACCUUUUCAGGCUCAGACCAGGAUGUGGCGCAGGACUGUGUGGGCUGGUCAUCCUUCGCAAAGAAUUGGACCUUCGCAAAGCAGGCGCUCGAAGUUAUGUGCGGAGAGCUCCGCAUGACGGGAGUCCUGGUGGCGACGAAGAACAAGCAAGGCACCAAAGCAUGCAGCAUACCUGCCAGCUGCAAUGGCUUAAUUACCCAGACGACCUUCUUGAACCAGGAUGAGUUUUUCUCCUAUGUGAAGCAAAGUCGCUUCCUCUUCCUGCCGCAAGUCCACGACGCGUCGCCGCGCGUCAUCACGCAGGCGCUGGCGCUCGAUGUGCCCCUGCUGAUGAACAGGAACCUCAUAGGCGGCUGGAAAUAUCUGACCGCGUCGACAGGUGAAUUCUUCAAUGAUGCCUCUGACAUCAAGGAGAGUGCCCAGCGGCUUCUGGCAAAAGCGGCCAGCGGCGAGUACAGCCCACGCAGGUAUGUGGACGACAAUGCUGGAGACCACAUCGCAGG